UGCCGGGAAGCUGGAAGGGGAACUGGAGGAAGGAGGCUGCACAGGCCGGAGGAGUCGGCGGACCGCGCCGCGCCCCUGGCCCGCCGGGGACCUGGUUCACUGAGGACCUGGUGGGCAUGGAGCUCCGAGCGGCGGGAGGGGGCAGCGCGCGGCAGCGGGUGGGAUGCGGCGGGCCGGCCGCCUGAGCACCCCCGAUGGCCCGUGGCGCGGCGACCUGCGGGAGCGACGCGCGGCUGCAGCUGGGCCGGGACGCGGUGCGGCCGGCGCCCGCGCUGCUGGUCCCCGCCGUGCUGCUGGGCACCGCACUCGGCCUCGGCCUCGGCCUCGGCCUCUGGCUCGGCUGCCGCGCCGCCCGCCCGCGUCCGGCGCACCAGAAAGAUGACUCUCAGAGUCUGCUCAAGAAUUUGGAGCCUAACGUUCAGACGCCGUCGGAAACCGGCUCCCCAUCCAGGAGGAGGAAGAGAGAAGCAUUGACUUCAAAGGAUGAGGAGGUUCUGAACGAAUGUGAGCCAUCUUUCAAUGGCAAUAUCACAGCGUUUGCACUGAAGGCAAAAGUCGUCUAUCCCAUCAAUCAGAAGUUCCGGCCUCUGGCCGACGGUUCCUCCAACCCAUCUCUGCACGAAACCUUAAAGCAGGCAGUCUUGCCGAACCAGCCCGUGGAGGCGUCGCCUUCCAGCAGCCUGGGGAGCCUGAGCCAGGCUGAGAAGGAUGACUGCAGCUCCUUGUCCAGCGUCCACUCGGCCGCCAGUGACGACAGGUUCCUCGGUCGCACCUUCCUGGGGGCGAGCAGCUUCCCCGAGGCACUGACCUGCGAGAGCGUGGACCUCGACUUGUGUAUCUACAACCUUCACUUGAAAGACCUGCUGCAUCUGGACACGGCGCUGAGGCAGGAGAAGCACAUGAUGUUUAUUCAGAUUUUUAAAAUGUGCCUCCUUGACCUUCUUCCUAAAAAGAAGAUUGAUGAUGAAUUAUACCAGAAGAUUCUCUCAAAACAAGAAAAUGAUUUGGAGGAAUUAGAAAAGAGACUUCAGGUCAGACUGUCAAACACGGAGAUGUUGGGUGCUGGUGACUCUGAAUACAUCACCCUGGCAGAUGUAGAAAAGAAAGAGAGAGAAUAUUCUGAGCAUCUAAUAGCUAAUAUGGAAGCUUUCUGGAAACAGAUGGAAAACAUCCAGCACUUUCUGGUGGACCAAUUUAAGUGUUCCAGCUCCAAAGCCCGACAGCUCAUGAUGACUCUGACAGAAAGAAUGAUUGCAGCUGAAGGGCUAUUGCGUGAUUCUCAGGAUUUGCAGGCUCUGGACACCCUGGAGAGGACAAUGGGGCGGGCACACGUGGCCAAAACAAUUGAGUUCCUGAAGCUGCAGAUCCGGGAGGAGACCAGAUGCCGCCUGGCCGCCAUCUCCCACAGCCUGGAGCUGCUGACCGUCGAGGGGAAGCUGUCGGGGCGGCAGAGGGAGGAGUUGCUGACCCAGCAGCACAAGGCCUUCUGGGAGGAGGCGGAGCGCUUCGGCAGGGAGUUUGUCCAGCGAGGCAGAGACCUGGUCAAAGCCUCACUGGUUCACCAGGCAGAGGGGAUGGCAAGGCUCACGCUGGCCCAGCAAAAGGAACAGAGGAGCUUCCUGGCCACGGCACCGCAGACCGCCGACCCCGAGGAGUUCCUCCAGGGUUUUCACGAGGUCCUGGAGAGGCAAAGACUGAGUCGGAGUGACCUGGAGGAAGAGGAGAAUGUCAGAGCCACCAAGGCCGUGGCCGCGCUCUGCCAGGAGCUGUAUCGCAGCACCAUGGAAACGUUCCAGAAGUUUGUGGACGUCCUGUUCCUCCAGACGCUCCCCUGUGUGACUGACCUCUCCCAGGCAGAGUGUGAAUACCUGAGGCAGCAGGCCCAGGAGAACGCGGCCCAGCAGCUGGAGAAGUUGGAUCGCUUCCGGAGUCAGCAGUGGAAACUCUUCCAAGAUCUCCUGGAGCAAGAAAAGCAGGUGUGGAUGGAGGAGCACACACUGUCCACUGUGCUGCAGACACACCUGCGGGAUGACCAGGACGGCAUCAUCCACCGAGUCUUGGGCCAACUUGGCGGCCUCAGUGAGGAGUCCACGCAGUGCAUCCUGCAGGGGCAUGACCUGCUCUUACGCUCAGCUCUCCGGAGGCUGGCUCUCCGCAGCAGUGCCAUCACCACCCUGACCCAGAUGAGACUGUCAGGGAAGAAGAGCCUUCUCCAGGAGUUGCGCGAACAGCACGCCCUGGAGCAGGACUCCUCCCAGUGUCUGGACGAGCAUCAGUGGCAGCUUCUCAGAGCCUUGGAGACGCGCGUCCUGGAGGAGGCUGGCCGGCUGGAGGAGGAGACGCAACAGACACGGCUGCAGCUUCGGCAGCAGCUCCUGGCCGAGGCCCAGGAAGUCGGGCAGCUCCUACAGCAGCACACAGAGCGGGCCAUCGGGCAGACGCUGCUGGGCCACGCGCGGAACAUGGCCUCCAAAAGCCGGGCCAAGGACAGGGAUGACUUCAAGAGAACACUGAUGGAGGCGGCCGUGGAAAGCGUCUACGUGACCAGUGCUGGUGUCGGCCGGCUCGUGCACGCGUAUUACCAGCAGAUCAGGAGGGCCAUGCAGGACCACGAGGAAAGAAAGCUGCAUCACCUGGAGACCCUACAGGGUGAGAGAACGGAACAUUUCAAGCUGCGGAAAAAGCAGGAACUCGGUGAUCCUUCGUCAGGAGCCGAAGUAGCGGGUGGAGCUCAGGAAGCCUCCGGAGCUGUGCACCAGAGGAUGUUGGCACAGCAGAAAAAGUUCCUGGCCCAGUUCACGGCACACCAGCAGACCCGCCGGGACGCGUGGAAGCAGAGCGCGAGGGUCAUGGACCAUCUGGAAGCCCAGCUUGAGACCCAGCUACAGACAGUCACUGAGCAGAGAGCUUUACAUCCACCACCUAAAGUCCUACUCCGACAGCCAAGGUGCGGGUUACACCCAGUCUCCCAUUUACAGAUGAGGAAACCGAGGCCCCGAGAGGAAGCUGAGCAGAGCUUCAUCUCAGAGUUGGCGGCGUUGGCCCGGGUGCCCCUUGCCGAAAGCAAACCGUUUUCCAAUAAGCAUGGGCUGUCAGAGAAACCCCUAAGGACCAAAAGGAAGAAGCCGGCACCCCGGGACAGAGGGGACUUUGGGGGGCCCAAGGACGACGACCCUGCCUCAGGGGGCCCCCCCUCAGGAUCGCACAGCAGCAAAAGGCUGAGCCAGCAAGAAAGUGAGGUUGGUGACGGUGAGAAUUCCAAGAAGAUGCUAAAGAGAAGAAGCAAUCUGUAGCUUAAGCCUGGUCGGGGGGACGGAACCUAAAGACCCCGUCUGUAUGCCACCUGCCUCUCCCCCAGGCAGUGAGGAGGGACUGGCCACCCCGGGGUGGGGGACAGUGGGGUCUCCCCUCUGCCCACAGGCUUGCUGUGCAGGGAUGGAGAAUGGGUAUCAAAGUCCCAGAAAAAGGCCUAAAAGAGCAGGGCGGACCCUACCGCCUGUGAAGACGAUACCCCUCCCCACCCCUGUGUUGGAAACAUGUCUGCUCCAGUUCUUCAGUGUCGCCUUGGCUUCGAGAUGUGGCUCUGUUCCUUGGGAAGCCCCUCCUUCCUGGCUCCCUGUGCUUCCCACCCCCCGUGUCCCGAUGUCACCCCGAACCUGCGUUCCGCGAGCGCUAAGUGGUCUCAUUCCUGCCCUGGGGGCCCUCUGCUCGCCAGCCUCCCGGUGGAGUUCCGCCUAUAAUAAAGGGAUCACCAGGUGUUGCUGGCGUUUCCUGGGUCUGAGGCCUUUUCUCCUCCAUUCCCAUCACCCCCGCUCUCUCUGUCCCCUGCACCGUGGGCACUGGCCAACAUGGAUUCUCAUCAGGACCCAUUCCCUUCUUUGGUUCAGCCAGCAGCGACGGCCUGGUCUCAGUGAGGGCAUCUGAGGAGUCUCAGGGCCCCAUGACAUAGACCAUGGAAUCCCUGGCCGGCAGGCCUAUCCUCACCCACCCUGGGGACCUAAGGACCCACAGAUACAUGACACCUGCGUUAGGGUCUUCUGUUGGAGGAGACAGUUAAAGCGCUAGGAAGGAGGCCCUGCCCAGGAGGACCUCCCCUGGGAGGGAUGAGUUCUGCCAGACAGCAGCCCUCCCCUAAGGAGAAAUGCUUCUCCCAGUGGAUGCUGAGAAUAUCCAGCUCUCAGACCAGCCAGUGCCUUUCCCACUCGGAAAGAAAAUUGCCCUUUUCAUCGAAAUCAGGGAUUCUCAGUCUUGGCACUGUGGAUAUGUGGAGUGAGAAAAUUUCUUUUUUAAGGGGUGGGGCUGACCUGUGCAUUACAGGAUGGUUAGCAGCAUCCCUGGCCUCUUCCCACCAGAUGCUGGAAGCACUCCCCAGUUGUGUCAACCAAAAAUGUCUCCAAACAUUGCCAGAUGUUCCCUUGGGGGCAUCACCCACUGAUGUAAGUCAGAGCAUGCUGACCCCGGGCAAGUCUGGGAUGGAGAGUACAGGGUUUCCACAAAUUCCCAGUACAGAGUGGGCUCCAAGUUAUAGAAGCUUCUGUCUCAGGGAUUUUCUGGACCAUUUGUGGUCUGAAUUUUUAUUUCUUACAACCUAGAUUAGUCUCUCUUAUUCAGGAAAGCGAGGUUCCUUAACAAAACAAGUAAUCCAUACUAGUUACAUCGUUUGUUAAGGAUACUAACCAUCGGAGAUCCUCAAAUCCUGACUGGUCACCAGGAGAAUUUCCAAAGUUAGCCAACAGCCUCCUCUAGUGGCUAAAUAAAAUACUUCCUUAUUCUGCAGAGUCUUGUAACAAGUUUUGACUUCCUUCCUGCAAUAUUUUGAGAACCUGUUUUAUAAAGCAAUUGCUUUUGUCACAUGGGUCCUGUGCACAGAGGCAUUCUGAAGGCAGAUGCCUCCUAUGCUGGUAACGUCUGAUUUGGUGACGUGAGUUUGGUAAAUGGAGAUGCCCUGGCAGCACCAGGAUCUCUGGAAGAUCCGAGCAGUAUAGGUUCAGCCUCCAUGGAUCUUGCAUAGGUGAUGCUUUUGCUUAAGUGUAGCUUCCUUAGUCCAGGGGACAUGUCACCUGUCACCUGCCACAUGCUGCUGGACUGCUUGGCACAGUGUGGGGCGCAUAACUCUCCAUAAAGGCGUGUGGACUGCGUCUGUUUCCAUCACAUCAAAAAUCGACUCUAGAGGUGCCUUUCAUAAUGGAAUUGCACCCUUGUUCAAAACAAAAUGCGACGCUCUCAGAAAGAGAGAGACAAAUACCGUAUGCUAACACAUAUAUAUGGAAUUUAAGAAAAAAAAAUGUCAUGAAGAACCUAGGGGUAAGACAGGAAUAAAGACACAGACCUACUAGACAAUGGACUUG